UCGCUGAUCUUGAUCGUCGUCCAUCAAACGUUAUCGAAUCUUCGUAAUCGAAAGUUUACCAGCAACGAACCUACUCACUCACUUACCCACUCACUCCACUCAUACUACCACCCAUCGAACAGAGAAAGCAAAAGAAGAAGAAGAAGAAGAAGGAGGGGGAAAUCAGGAUGAUGGCUUCGCCAACCACCGAGGCCCAUCGCCUCACCCGCAGAGACUCCUCCCCGAGAGCGUCAAGGAAUAGCAGCAGGCGCCGUCCACGUUUACUUCGCGCCUGCGCCACGGAACCAUCCAUCACCACCUCGAGCGCUUGCAAGGGGGUUCUGGCGAGUCCAAACUCGAGUCGAAGGGCGACGGAACUGCUUAAUCGCGUGGCUGUCAACAAUGCCGCUGCGGACAGCCUGAGGUCCUCGGUGUCGUCGACGAGGAGUUAUGGGAUGGAUCCAGGGAGUGAGACGGGACAUCAUAUGACGGAGGCUGCCAGGAGGGAGAUGAUGCAGAGUAACAAAGCCUGUUGGUCUUCCCUGCUUGCGAGGUGGCCGAUGAGUUGUUCCGCUAACUCGGCAUUGCAGACUCGGCGUGCUAUUUCAGCUUUCCUAGUCCCGAUACCUGGGAAGGCGAGGCUGAAGGGGGGGAGAAGUCACUGGAGGGACCGACCUGAGAGAGGGAAUCCAGUGAACUGAUCAGUCAUUCAACGACACAUUCGAGUCUGUGGCAAUCGUGGUAUGACCACACGGCAUGUCUGCGGUGGCAUUGGCGACCGGUGGUCAAAAGCCUGGAUGGGUAUU